AAUAAUAGAGUACCGAAGCAAAGUCACCGUACAACAUGGAAAAAUCUCAAGACAGUGCCCAUCUCAUGCUCGAGAAGCAGAGAUUCAGAACAAAGGCGUUUCUCCUCACUGUGUGCUUUGUUCUCAUUCUUGCAUUAGGAAGAUUGGUGAUCUAUGGCUCGGGAGAGCUUAGUUUGAGUAAUUCCUUCAACUCCCAGACGGUUGAAACCGUUGAUUUCGACUUCCACAAGCCUACAUCCAGCGAGUUUACCGAGUACAUGGCUACUGCGGCGAAGAGAGCCGACAACGAUGGUAAUAAUGAUAAUUCCAAUAAUGAUAGCCAGGAAACCGGCAAAUCCAAGCCCAAAAGUGCGGUGCAAAAGGUGUUUGACAAGCCUGCUAUUCGUGUUGUGUUGGUGAUCGGAGCUUUUAUCAUCUUGAACAUGGUUGCCAUCACUAUACACCACAUAUUCCAGCUAAUGACCAGAUCAGAGAAGAGCUACAGAAAUGUCGAGCAGGUGAUAUCGCCUUUCUAGUUGACCACACCGUUCUGACCAGGGGAGCGAGACGAAUCGCUUAGCCCAGUUUAGAUUUGUUAUGAUUGAAACAUUUCCCAGGUUAGAACUCCUCGAAAUGGGCUGUCUACACCAAUAGGUCUGACGUGAUGCCAUUAAUGCAUACAAGUGCUGCUGAUAUGAAAGAUAAUAAUCUUCCCACCCGUCUAUAACUAGAACUGCCUGCUUUGCAGGUUUCCACUGAUACUGAACCUUGUUUUGCUCUCUGUUCUGUUCCUUACGCUCGUUACACUGCGGUGGAAAACAUGUUAAAGUACAACCCAUUUUUCACAAAAGCCAACCCUGAGACCCAUAUAUAUUUAGUUCCUUCAUUCCACGUGCUUUCCCGGCCCUUCUUCCUGUCUUUUCUGCCU